UAUUAACGGUACUUUGACUUACACAUGUGAUAACCGUUUUGAGUAUUUUAUCCGAAAAGGCCACACUGGAGGUCUCUGCUCUCAGUGGUUUGCCACGUACGGCUGCAGGAAAUUUGAUCUGCAGAGGUGCCCAUGCGGAGUCUGUACACCCGCCCCUUAUGUUUACUUCCCAGGGCAUGGCAUGGUUGUUCACUCUGUUGUAAUGCAGAGGGGGCAGCGACAAAUUUGUCACAGUUUUCAGUCAUUUUUUAUGACACAGAGGGGAAAAGAGGCCGGGAACUUGACAUUUACAGCCAGAAAGAAGAGCUUUGGUUGGGAUAUCCGCUGGAAGAAGUAGAUCUUUUUCUUCAGGAUAACUGGCAUAAUGUUACUCCUCCUGUGUUUUGGCCUGUUGCUGCUGGCGGGUGUCCAGGCCAGCACUGUUAAGAACUGCCACCCUGGUUGCCGCUGUGAGGUGGAAAGCUUUGGCCUAUUUGACAGCUUUAGCCUGACCAGGGUGGACUGUCGCGGGUUGGGACCCAGCACCAACAUGCCCAUUCCCAUCCCACUGGACACUGCCCACCUGGACUUGUCCUCCAUUGCCAUGGGACCGCUCAGUGACACCAUGUUAGCUGGUCCAGGCUAUACAACCCUCGUUAGCUUGGACCUCAGCAGCAACCAUAUUACGAAGAUAAGCUCUAAUGCUUUGUCCAAGCUGCGUUACCUGGAGACACUGGAUCUGAGCCACAACAACCUGGUGAGCCUCUCCCCGACCUGUUUCUCUGGCCUCCCUUUGGCUGAAGUUGACCUCAGCCACAACAGCUUCCAGGAGUUUGACAUGGAUGUGUUCACUACUAAAGUCAACGGUGGACCUGUCAGCGUGGAUCUGUCUCAUAACAAGCUCAUGUCAGUUUCCACGACUUUGCAUGGAAGAGCAUUACACAUUCAAAGCUUAAAUCUGUCAGCAAACCGCCUGUUGAGAGUACCCGGGUUGGCAGGACUUCCGCUGAGGUACCUCAAUCUGGAUGGUAACCCCAUCACGCAGAUCAAGGUGGGAGCCUUUGCUCAGCUGAAAGAUCUGGUUCAUUUAUCCAUCAGCAGUCUCCAUGAGCUUCAGGACAUCGAGCCUUACAGCUUCAAGGGCCUCCAGAGCCUCCAGGUUCUGGAUCUCUCCAACAACCAAAAGCUGAAGACUCUGAGCCCUGCUGUUUUUAGUGGACUAGACUCCCUGCAAGAGCUGAAUUUGUCAGGCUCAGGUGUGGCAUCCUUGCCAAAUAACAUACUGACCCACCUGCCCAGUAUUAAGAUUAUUACACUGGGACGAAGCAUCCAUUGCUGGAGGACCCAGAAACAGGGACAGUUCCACCGGCAGCUGGGUCAUAUCCAACACAACGAGGUUCUGAACUGUAACAUGGAGGGCAUCGCAUUGUGAGACUGUGCCUGUGGACAUGGACCACUCCUUACAAUCCAGAUGCCAGAAGUGUGCCUUAUCUGCUUUGAUAUGCAAAACACUUUUUUGUGUAACUCUCACUCAGUUACCUCUGUUUCAAGGUGAAACAUUGGAAUAUGUCUUAAAGGUUUAACGCAGCCUUCAUGAACUUUUGACACAAAUAUCACAAAUGCUGUACUGUUUAGAGACUCAAUGGCAAAAUGUACGGCAUUUAACAUAGCACAGAACAAUUACUUUUACAUGCUAACAUACAGUAUAGUCUAAUCUGGUAGAGAGUCUUUCAUAAAUUCAAAACUUAGUAAAAAAAGUAAUGUUUGUACUUAGUGUACAUCAUUUAAAGUGGGACCAUAUUAACAGUUAUUUGCACUAAUUCCAGUUGCAUUUUUUUUUUUUUAAAUAAUGCACUUACAUGUGGCCAAAUGUCAUCCACUGUAGUACAAAACCUUCUGCUGACCACUAAGAAUUUUCAUUUGACUUUGAAUGUGAUGCUUUAUGGAAAUGAUUAAAAGAAUAGUUUUCCAGUUUGGGAAAUGCACAUAUUCGCUUUCUAGUUGAAAGUGAGUUGAGCAGAUUGAUACCACUCUUAUUUCUGUUUAUUCAGUGUGAAACUACAACUAGCAACUGGUUAGCUUAGCUUUGAACAAAGACUGGGGGCAGAGGGAAACACCUAGCCAGACUUUGUCUGAAGAACCUCUAAAGCUCACUAAUGAACCACAACAUGUUUUUAUAGUUUAUGUACAGAAAUGUCUAUUAAUAAGAUAGAUUUGUUACCUUAAGACAGAAGUAGGCUAGCUGUUUCUCCCUUCUUCCAGUAUUUAUGCUAAGCUAAGCUAACUGAUUGGUUAUAGCUUCAUAUUUACCAUACAGGCAUGAGGAUGGUAUCAAACUUCUUAUCUAACUCUCGGUGAAAAAGGUAAUUAUUUAUCAAGUGUGGUCUGGAAAAAGUAAAGACUUAAACACAUUGUGAUAAAGCUAGUUGGGUAAAUAUCUUUUUGUGUAACAACCACAAAAUAAACAUUGUAUUACUUGAAUUUGCUUCUACAAAUAUUAGCCUGAAUCUGAAAACAUGUCCAAUGUAUUUGGACAAUUUCUCUUCAUUAUGACACUAAGUUUGGUGUACAGCCUUUGUAAAUUAGGUGCAUGCGUCCUUGGAUAUGGUGCUCACUGUUUCAGUGGCAGCACACAACUUGAUCAAACAAGCUGUUGUCCAUGUUGAGUUUAUUUUGACCUUCUGUCUCCACUUCCAACAAAACGGUUGGUUCAGAACAAAUCUGAGACAACUUUUACAUAUUUAGUAAUGAAGUGAUGCCGCUAUCUGUUGAUGUUUAAACUCCCAGCUGCUCUGUGCUGUCACCUGUAACCUUACUUUAGCAUUUCUGUGGUAUUUCUAAGAAGACGAUCAGCCUCAAGACUGCACAUUAAGGUUGUGAAUGUCAGCUAUUUGUAAAGGCUUUGGUGUCUUAGUUUUGAGAUUUGAAAAGAAAUCAACCUUUUUUCAAAAGCCAGAUGAGCCCAGUCUUGGUGUAGAAGUUUAUAUAUAUUAACUAUAUUGUAUAUAACUUAUAUAACGUGUGUGUGUGUGUAUAUAUAUAUAUAUAUGAAUCAUAUAUGUAAUAAACUGACUAUUCUCA